AUGGAUAAUCAUGGUGAUUGUUACGAUGAACAAAGUGUUGUAAAUAUGGUUCAAGAUGCUACCCUAUCCGUUCUAAUUAUAAUAAUUACUGUCAUAAGAAGAAUGCAAGUAAGGCGUAAAUCAAUUCGCAGUGGUCCAAGUAAGGAAAAAAGAAGACAAGAGAGAGCUAGAAUUGAGCACAUAAAGCGAAUUUAUAAUGGUUUUAGUGAUAGUUAUGUGAAUUAUAUUAGAAUAAGAAGUGGUGCUUUUGUUAAACUAGCGAGUAUAAUGAGGAACAAUAUCCUGCUAAAAGACUCAAGGAAUAUAACAGUGGAAGAACAACUUAUAAUGACUCUGAACAUUCUGGGUCAUAAAUCUAAAAAUCACAUAGUUAGAUCUUAUUUUAUAAGAUCAGGGGAGACAGUGAGUAGAUAUUUCAACAAGGUAUUACAAGCAAUUAUUUGCUUGCGUGGACGGUACAUGAGACAAGCCCCCAAUGACAUUCCCCAAGAGAUCAUUAACAACCCACUAUACUACCCUUAUUUCAAGAAUUGUAUUGGAAUGAUAGAUGGGACACAUGUUGUGACACCCCUGUUUCCCGGAGUCCCGGAGUCGGUUGGGCAGAAUGUGCUUGCAGCUUGCACCCCAAACAAACUGUUCACAUAUGUUCUAGCAGGUUGGGAGGGGUCUGCAAAUGAUUAUAGGAUUCUUCAGGACGCAUUGUCUAGACCACAACCACAUGGAUUGAGAGUCUAUGAUGGCAAAUACUAUCUAUGUGAUGCUGGGUACCCAACCAUGCCAGGUUUCAUCUCUCCAUACCGAUGUGUUCGAUAUCAUUUGAAAGAACAUUUGAGUAAAACACCUAAGAAUAGAAGAGAAUUAUUCAAUCUAAGACAUUCUUCAUUGAGGUCUAAGAUUGAAUCUGCAUUUGGCACAUUGAAGAAUCGUUUCAAGAUUUUGUGUGCUAAGCCGCAUUAUCCUUUUCCUAUACAAGUAGAUAUCGUAUUGGCAUGCACGGUACUCCAUAAUUUUAUUAUAACUGUGGAUCCAAGUGAUGAACUACUCAACAAUGAUGAAAUUAAUGAAGACAUUGAUAGCGAAGUGGCUUUCGAGAAUGACACUAAUUUAGUUGAUUUUACUCAAAAUCAAACCCAAAGAGAGCAAACCAAAUCAAGAAAUGAGUGGAAGACUCUUAGAGAUGAUAUUGCUUGGGCGAUGUGGGUGGACUACUGUGAUAUGUAUAAUCAUGGUGUAACCACAGAGACUUGA